AAUGAAGAAAAAAUUGAGGAGGUUGUCAAGACACUUAUGGUCGUCGACAGAAAGGCAGUCCGACCUGGGGACAUUUUUGGUCCCCUCCCCAAAUGGGGACUCAGAGGCUGGUGUAGCAGUCGCCAUGAUUAUUUAAAAUUUCUUGAGUGAAGGGUGUGUGUGUUAUUAGGUGCGUGUAGUUUUGUGUGGAGGAGGAGAGUUGUCUUUAGAGGGAAGGCUGUGACUGCCCCCUUGUGUUGUGAGACACAAAGGGAAACGUUCAGUGAGGUCACAGCUGGGUUUAAUGAUAAGUUCACAGCACCCCCUGGACAGUGCUUUAGAACUCACUGGGAGUAAUUAUCGUUUCGGCAGGUGUCUACUGCCUCCUCCUCUACAAUCUGAACCGGCAUGCUGGGUUUUCCUCGUAACUAUCUCCACUCUCACACAGCUCACUUUCCUCCCAUUACCUUCAGGGUGUGGAAAAUGAGAGUAGCAGGAAGGGCAUUGUUGAGCGUGAUAACCGUGAUGGUCUGGGCGGGGCACAGGGCGGUGGCAGGGAGGCCUGUGCCAGUGGGCAGCCGUGGACUCGCCGCCUCUGUCGAAGACGUGAUGCUCGGGACGCGGCAGGUAGCUGAGACGCACCUCGCUGGUUGUCAUCUGGUGCUGGUGUCUCCUGACCUCUAUGGUAAUGUGGAGAUGGUACACAGAUUAAUGGACCAGUCUGUGAGUCCCAUGGUGCUCCUGGAGGUGAACACUCGCGAUACAUCGGGAUUAAUUCACAAGGAACCUACAGAUCGAUCCCUGAAAGAAGUCUCAUUAAAACUCGCAGCAUUAGGGAGCAGCUCAAAGCCGUCCUGUCAAGGGUUGUUAGUGGAUCACACAGACGCCGCAACCUCCACACUCUCCUCGCUCCUGUACUGGUCUAAGCGGUGGCUGCAGUCCGAGACGAGGGUGGUGGUAAUGGGCAGCGAUCCUGAAGCAAAUAGUCUUCUUGACAACUCUGCCCUCCGCAACACGCGCCUCGCCCUCUACAUAGCUCCUUACGCCAGCUCGCAGGGCAGGCGAGGCACAGUACAGAUCUACCGCAGGUGUCUUUAUUGUCAUGGUGGGAAUGCAGGCGUACAGCGACUCUACCGCUGGGACCUGGAUGGUGGCGUGCCACAGGACCUUAGGCUGUUCAUGAGCAAUGAAUAUAAGGAGAACUUCAACGGCCAUCAAUUCCGAGUCGUGACGAUGACAUACUUCCCGUACAUCAACUACGUGCGUGUGAGCGAUGCUCCAGGCACUGUGGUGAGCCUCACGGACUCCCUCAACACGCGCAUGAUGGAAGCGCUCGCGCGUCACCUCAACUUCAGCUAUGAAGUGCGUGAACCAGAGGACGGCCUGUGGGGCCUCGAGACCACUGGAGGCAACUGGACGGGUACCGUAGGAACUCUCCAGCAUGAAAAAGCAGAUUUCUCCAUGGACCUGACGAUCACACUUCAGAGAAAGGCAGUGGUGGACUUCUGUCGGGCUUACAUCGGUGAAGACAUGUCCAUACUGUCCCUGAAGCCAACGCCUCUGCCUGAAUACUUAGCUUUAUUCAGACCAUUUGAAGGGACAUUGUGGGUUGCCGUGGUGGUGGGCACCUUCGUGUGGGGUGUGGCGUUGUGGGUGCUGCUGAUGAUAAAACAUGACGUCACGGAAAGGCACCGCCUGAGUCUUGCUUCAUCACUCUUCUACGGGUGGGGUCUGCUGCUGGAAGACCAUCCCUACGACCCUCCUGUCACCAUCGCAGGCCAGAUAUUGGUAGGUGUGUGGCUCAUAGCCUGCCUCAUACUGAGGGCGUCCUACACGUGUUCUUUCAUAUCGCAUCUUGUCGUUCAAGGAAAAUCUGCUUCCAUAAAUGACUUGGAAACGUUGGUUGGCCUUCGAAAAAGCGUUGGUUGGCAAUGGGGAACAGAGAUUUUUGAUGGCGCAUUUAACACCUUCUUGACCAUCAGUAACAACUCAGACUACCACACUGUCAAGGCUCACAUGCAGACAAUGGCGACAGAUGUCGGUAUUAAAAGGGUAUUAGAUGGCGGCUUUUCUUAUAUGCGUAAUUAUUACGCCACAAAGAUAUUGAUAGAAACCUUCCUCACGAAAGAGAAAGGCGAUAACCCAUUUCAUAUUGGGACCACCAAGUACCCUAUGUUUGCUGGAAACUCUUGGGCAUUCAGAAGAGGGACGCCCUUCAUAAGUCGCUUUGACACGGCCCUGCAGCAGCUUCUGGACAACGGGCUGAUAAUACACUGGAUGGAAGACGUCAUCAGUGAGCACAUACGACAGAAACGCCAGGAAGUGGAGGAUACUUCGGCGAGAACAUCACCGACACGUGUUGUGAGCGAUGGAAGGCAGGUAAUUCUUGGGCUACUUCAGCUGCAGGCGACUUUCUACACGUUGGCUAUUGGGUUUGCAGCGGCGAGUGUGUUCUUCCUCGCUGAACACGUGGUCUAUAGUAAAUUCUGAGCGAUUACUGAAUAACGUGCUGUUCUCACUAAUUGAACCACUAUAUACUCUCUCUCUCUCUCUCUCUCUCUCUCUCUCUCUCUCUCUCUCUCUCUCUCUCUCUCUCUCUCUCUCUCUCUCUCUCUCUACGCUUUACUGUGAAAUUCUGUACACAGCAGAAAUGAACUAGAAAGAAAACAUGUCCGUCUAUCAGAUGUAUCCUAUCUGAAUUUGUAUCAAAGUUUAUUCUCUGUUGAACAUGUGUUCUGAUGCUAUCUGAUAUCAUUCUUGGGGAGCUUGAAUGACAGAACCAACUGAUACG